CCGUGCGUAUCUCUGGGCAUUGCCGAUAUGUAAACAGUAAAUUCUGUCCGAUGAGCCAGCUGUCUGCCGACCCUCACGUCUGUCAUGAAGUUAUCCGUCCUUGCUCUUGCCACGGUCGCUACGGCGCUGCAGACUCUGCCUCCGGUUGAAUGGGAUCACCAGGACUCAGAUUCAGGCGCCAGUCCUGGGUUUUCUCUUAAAACAGCGGACCAUAUCAUCUAUGUCCAGGAUGAUUUUUCUCAGUGGCGGGAUCAAGAUGGUCUGACUUUGAUUCCACCGUCAGCAUUGGAGUUUGCUCGCACCCUUUGUGAUGAUCUUCAGGAGAUCACCAAUUCUUCAUGGCAAAUCCGAACGGUCAAGCAGCCUCCCAAGCAUUUAUCAGGAGUGUUUCUCGGUCGUACAAAGACUCCUGCUCAUUUCACCUACGAAGAUGGCACGACAACUGAGGAAGGCUAUGAAUUGAUUGUCGAAAACCAUCGCGUGUCGAUCGAGGGAUCGGGCGCGCGAGGAAUGUGGUGGGGAACACGAACACUACUGCAACAAGUCGCGCUAAACCCUCAUGCCUCUAUUCCAGUGGGUCGCGUGAAGGACGCCCCGGCCUAUGCAACAAGAGGAUUCAUGCUGGAUGCAGGGCGCAAAUGGUACUCAUUGAACUAUCUCAAGGAGCUCUGCACCUACGCCUCUUUCUUCAAGCUCUCCGAAUUCCACUAUCAUGCGACCGACAACUAUCCUCUGAGUCGGGGCCCAAAUGUCUCGUGGAAUGAGGUCUAUUCGCAGUUUUCUCUGCGGCCGGACAGUCCACAUCUCCGACCUCUCGUACAGAGAGAGAAUGAAACUCUGUCGCGUGCCGAAUUCGACGAGUUUCAAAGCCACUGUGCGGCUCGGGGAGUUACGGUGAUCCCGGAGAUCGAAAGCCCCGGUCAUUGUCUUUCGAUCACUAAAUGGAGACCAGAUCUAGCCUUAGAGUCACGCGAUCUGCUGAAUCUUUCUCAUCCAGAUACCGUGCCUCUUGUGAAAUCUAUCUGGUCGGAGUUCCUGCCAUGGUUCCAAACGAAGGAGGUGCACAUUGGGGCUGAUGAGUACGAUUCGACCUUGGCCAACGACUACAUCACGUUUGUGAAUGAAUUAUCCCAAUUUAUCCGCCAGACUUCCGGAAAGCGGAUUCGCAUCUGGGGGACUUAUGAGCCAUCCGAUACCCAGUCAGUCGACAAAAACAUUACCAUUCAGCACUGGCAGUAUGGGCAAUCCGAUCCCGUGAUGCUAGCUCAGGAUGGCUACCAAAUCAUCAAUUCCGAGGAUUGGUGGGCCUACAUGUCACUGAAGAACAAUCAUGUUCCUAUCUCCCCAGCUCCUUAUCCACAAUUCUUCAAUAAUACUCGAGUAUUGAAUUUCGCCGACAAGGAAGGGUGGCAGUGGAGUCCACAGCUGUUCAACCCGGUCAAUAUCACAGAGCAGCCGGAGCAGAAGGCAGUCCGCGGGGCAAUCCUUGCUGCGUGGAAUGACAAUGGGCCUGAUGCGACUACGCAGUUGGAGGCAUAUUACGCCAUUCGGAAUGGAAUCCCUGUCGUUGCGUCUCGCGCGUGGACUGGGAGCCGAGGACCACGCCUAGAUGAAGCAGGUCUCGAUGAGACAAUUGAGAUCCUGGCUUCCAACGCGGUAGGAGAGAACCUUGAUCGACGACUUUCGAAGAAGAGAGAUUCAACGGGUCCUUUGAUCUCCUGGACAAAGCCGCACAAAGACCACGCACAGGACCACUUUUCUCUAGGAUAUGGCAGCAAGGGGAUGAACUAUACUUUGAAGCUUAGUGUUGUUGGCCCAUUUUCGCUUGAAUCAAAAGAUACAAUUCUCUCCCUGUCUGAGAGCGGCCAAUUGACCUUUAAUACCGAUGGCUGGCCGUACCCGCUUCGCUCUGUUGCCGAGGAGGAUGGGUUUGAUCCAGCUGCCAUUGGAAGGAUUUGGGUCAACGCUACGAGCUCAACCCAUGAAGUUGUCCGUGUACCUCAAAGCUGCGAGAUCACUAUCACGUCUGAUGAAUUGACCGGGAGUCGAGUGUGGGUGAAUGAUCAGUUUGUGGGGCGAUUUGAGGUGUUCGUGUACGGUGGGAAGGAUCGUGUGUUCUCAUGGAGCCAGAUGGCAUUUGUGGCACCAUUGGCAGUUAUCAAAGGAACUGGACUUGAGAAAGUAGUAUUAUACUAAGACGAAGUCGUUUUACGAUAUCUAGUGAUUAUCUACUUGCUUACAACUGGAGUCGUUGUGGUGCUAUGACAAGAGGGCGCGACUUCGCUUUGCUUGACUUCUCAUGCUGUGUUUUAUACUUUCUAGAUCUAGGAGCUAAAGCUAGAGAUGUUACCAAAAGAACCAUUCUGUCAUUGACAGCUAGAUUGCUG